UGACCUUUUUUUGGGCCAACUGUCUUUUUGGUUCUUCCCUCAAAAUUCCUUCAAUAGCAUAGAGCCAACGACACCACUUGCUCCGUCCCUCAAAUGGAGGAUGCUGAAGGAGUCCUCAGCUUUGAUUUUGAAGGCGGUCUCGACACUGCUCCCGCCAACCCAGCUGCGCCAUCCGGACCUCUUGCCCCAUCCGAUUCUCCCGCUGUUGCCACCGCCGCAGCUAAUGGUGUUACCCCCGGUGCUGCCGACCCUGCUACAAACAAUAUUCCUGGCCGCCGGAGCUUCCGGCAGACGGUGUGCCGGCACUGGCUUCGUGGACUCUGCAUGAAGGGCGAUGCCUGCGGCUUCUUACACCAGUAUGACAAAGCGCGGAUGCCCGUUUGCCGGUUUUUUAGAUUAUAUGGGGAGUGUCGGGAGCAGGACUGCGUGUAUAAGCACACAAACGAAGAUAUCAAGGAGUGUAACAUGUACAAGUGGGGAUUUUGCCCCAAUGGUCCUGACUGCCGGUAUAGGCAUGCUAAAGUUCCUGGACCUCCCCCUCCUGUUGAGGAAGUGCUUCAAAAGAUUCAGCAUUUAUAUUCUUACAAUUAUGCAACCUCUAACAAAUUUUUCCAACAAAGAGGUUCUGGCUAUUCUCAACAAGCUGAAAAAUCUCAGUUUCCACAAGGUCCUAAUUCUGCAAACCAAGCUGUACCUGGAAAACCAUUAGCAGCAGAGUCAGGCAAUGCCCAGCAGCAGCAGCAACAGCCAAUACAACAGUCUCAGCAGCAGGGUGGCCAGAGUCAAAUACAAAACACUACUAAUGGCCAGCCCAGUCAGGCAAACAGAACAGCAACACCUUUACCUCAAGGAAUAUCUAGGUAUUUUAUUGUUAAAAGUUGCAACCGUGAAAAUUUGGAGCUAUCUGUUCAACAAGGAGUAUGGGCAACUCAAAGGAGCAAUGAGGCUAAACUGAAUGAAGCCUUUGACUCGGUGGAAAAUGUGAUAUUGAUUUUCUCAGUCAACAGAACUCGACAUUUUCAGGGUUGUGCAAAGAUGACAUCCAGAAUAGGGGGCUCUGCUACUGGGGGAAACUGGAAAUAUGCACAUGGAACUGCACAUUAUGGACGUAACUUCUCCGUCAAAUGGUUAAAGUUGUGUGAAUUGUCAUUUCACAAGACUCGCCAUUUAAGGAAUCCAUACAAUGAGAACUUACCAGUAAAGAUAAGUAGAGAUUGUCAAGAACUGGAGCCUUCUAUUGGUGAGCAGUUGGCAUCCUUGCUUUAUCUUGAGCCAGAUAGUGAACUUAUGGCUGCCUCACUUGCAGCAGAGUCUAAGAGAGAGGAAGAGAAGGCAAAGGGAGUGAAUCCAGAUAAUGGAGGAGAAAAUCCAGAUAUCGUUCCAUUUGAGGACAAUGAAGAGGAGGAAGAGGAGGAAAGUGAUGAAGAGGAGGAAAGCUUUGGCCCAGGUGUUGGGCCAGCUUCUCAAGGCCGAGGUAGGGGCCGAGGUAUGAUGUGGCCUCCCCACAUGCCUAUGGGGCGUGGAGCCAGGCCUCUACCAGGAAUGCAGGGUUUUCCCCCAGUAAUGAUGGGAGAUGGAUUAUCCUAUGGGCCAGUUACCCCUGAUGGCUUUGGUAUGCCAGAUCUAUUUGGUAUGGGCCCUCGUGGUUUUGGUCCCUAUGGUCCUAGGUUCUCUAAUGAUUUUGCAGGCCCCCCAGCAGCAAUGAUGUUUCGUGGGCGACCCUCACAACCCGGGAUGUUUCCAGGUGGUGGGUUUGGGAUGAUGAUGAAUCCAGCACGUGCUCCAUUUAUGGGCGGAAUGGGGGCUGCAGGUGCAAAUCCACCAAGGACCGGUAGACCAGGUGGCAUGCCUCCAAUGUUCAUGCCACCACCACAACAUCAGAACACUAACCGAGUUGCUAGGAGAGACCAAAGAACAAAUGAUCGGAAUGAUAGGUAUGGUCCAGGGCUAGAGAGCAAGGGUCCAGACAUGAUGAGUCAAUCAGGUGGACUUGAAGACGACAUGCAAUAUCAGCAAGGAUUCAACUCAGCCCAGGAGGAUCAGUAUGCUGUUGGAAACCACCUCAGAAAUGAGGAGAGUGAAAGUGAAGAUGAGGCGCCUCGAAGGUCUAGACAUGGCGAGGGGAAAAAGAGAAAGGGCGAAGUCUAGAAGAUGUUUAACCCAGACUAAUAAGUAGCAUAUGCUUUUCCCUGAACACAAGAUCGAAUUGCUGAUUCUCUAACCUGCAGGAGACAACUAUUCUUGCUUUAGGCUCGUUUUUUUUUUUUUUUUGCCCCCUGAAUUCUUUUAACGAAAUAAGACGAUCAGAUAUUAUGACCUCUUGUUUGCAUGACGAAGGGACCUUGGGGUGCAUCUGAAAAUAUUAUUUUAAAUUGUGUUUGCUAGUCAUUAGUUGUUUUUUGAUGUGAAUAUCUUUUAUAGGACGUUUACUAUUCAUGUAACAGUAUUGGAGUAUCAGAAUGAUAAUACAUAGUCGAACCUGAUGAAUCCGUUACACCAUGUGAUUUGUAAAGGUACUUUAUAUUAAUAUUAUAGUGCUCUGAAGAAACAGGCAAUUUAAAUUUACAUUUUACA